UGUCACUGAGAACUCAGGUUUCCUCUCCGCCGUCACGAUUAACACCGGCAAAUGUCACAGACCACCAAAACUCUCACGGCCAACCACGGCAAAAACCACUUCUCAAAACUCACAUGCUCGUCUUCGAAGAUGAAAAAGGUCUCAGAAACGAAAUCAUCGAAAUUACAAUUCUUCGUCCGCAUGUGGAACAGUAACACCUUAGUGAUUCGUGCUUCUAGCGAAAAAAAAAAGUUGAAUCCCUUCUCGAACAAAUUUCAUUCAAAACCAAAAUUCCGAUUGAACAUCAACGAUUAAUAUACGAAGCAAAACAGCUUCAGCUAGAAUAGAGUCUUCGCGAAUGUGGCAUCGAAAACGAUGCAAAUCUCCAAUUGGUUGGACGAUUGAGGAGUAUAGUUUGUCCUAAAGUGUGGAAAGCCAAACAUUAUAUUGUUUCUUUGAUUCUCAGGCUUUGUACAGGUAAAUCGGUGAUUGGUGCUUCGACAAUUAUUGAUGAUUGCUUUACAAAUUACAUCAAUGAUUCUGAAUAUUUUUCUGUUUCCAUGUUUAUGGAAAUUCCUUCACUGUUGGUAGAUCUUUAUGCAAAUGGGCGUAUUGCUUAUUCUGUGAUUAAGGAUUUUGUGAAAAUUUGCUUAAAUUCGAAGGACAAAAAGUUGCAGGGUGUUUACCUUGAAGUGUUAUUGGAGUUUUGUGAAUUGCUUAGAAGGACAGGGUGUAAGUCCGAUGAUCGUCUGUAUGUUUUUUGCCGGGAUAGUUUUGCAUCUUUGUUGACGCUUGUUGGUGGUGUUAGCUUUCAUAAUCCUAAAGGAAAGGUUAUGCUUCGGGGUGUUUUUGACUGUGUUCACGAGAUCGCAUAUAAGUUGUUGAGGUUUUUGGAUUUGAGUAUGAACUGUCCCACGGGUGAGGGGCUUUCGUUCAAGGUUGUUUUGGAUUUUGUUAAAUUCUCCGACCAUUUGAGGAUGGGAUUGGCCAUGCAUCAAGCAACAUCCGAUGAAUUUUUGAAUUGUGCUAUUUGUUACACAGAGGGUCCCUUGUUUGCAGGAGUAGUUGAUCAACUUCAUAUUGUAUUUAUUAAGUUAUUGAGCAAAAUGGAUAAGUGUCUUGAAGUCAUGGAGGAUUGCUUGGUUAACAAGAAACAUGGAAAAGGUGAUGGGGCCGCUGUCCAUAAUGGAUGGUCUCAUUAUAUUAUAAUCCUGAAGGUAUUGUUUCACAUCUCCAAGUUCUACAGUAGUGCACAAGAACAGUUUUGGGGACUUUUCUUGCGUCGAAAAAAUGUGCUACCUCAUAUGAUUGUUCGGUACGUGAAGAAAACUGAUGAUCAUCGGUGGCUUCUUGAGAACAGAAUUGUGACUGAUUUUGAAUCCAGGAGGCAUUUGGUAAUGAUGCUAUUCCCUUACUUAAACGAUGAAAUAUUGGGAUAUGAGAUGCUUAUUGACAGGUCUCAGGUUUUGGCUGAAUCUUUUGGGUACAUAUCACAAGCUAUGCCUAGAUCAUUGCAGGGUGAUCUAUUGAUGGCAUUCAAGAAUGAGAAAGCUACAGGACCGGGUGUACUGAGGGAGUGGUUUGUUUUAGUGUGUCAGGAAAUAUUUAAUCCAAGAAAUGCUCUUUUUGUGGCAUGUCCAAAUGACCACAGAAGAUUUUUUCCUAAUACUGCAUCUAUGGUAAAUGCUCUGCACCUAAGGUACUUCAUCUUCUCUGGACGUAUUAUUGCAUUAGCUUUGAAGAAGAAGGUGCACGUGGGUAUUGUUUUUGCUUGUGUAUUUUUCAAGCAAUUGGCUGGAAACUAUAUUAUUACUUUAGAAGAUAUUCGGGAUGCAGAUCCUAUAAUGUAUAGUAGCUGCAAGCAAAUAUUGGAGAUGGAUGCUGAUUAUAUUGAUUCAGAUGCAUUAGGACUGACAUUUUCUAUAGAGGUAGAGGAAUUAGGACACAGGGAAGUGAUUAAGCUCUGCCCUGGUGGAGAAAGCCUUGUUGUGGAUAGUAAGAACAGGGAGAAGUAUGUUCAUCUUCUUAUACAGAAUCGUUUUGUGACAUCCAUAUCUAAGCAGGUAUCACAUUUUGCCCAAGGUUUUGCUGAUAUUAUAUCUUGCUCAAGGCUAGAGUUCUUUCAAUUUUUAGACCAUGAAGAUUUUGAUUGGAAGCUGCAUGGGAGUGAAAAUGACAUUAAUGUUGAAGAUUGGAAGGCACACACCAAGUAUCUUGGCUAUAAAAAGAACGAUCGUCAGAUAUCUUGGUUUUGGAAGGCAGGAUGCAGGAGUAGCUUUAUUGGGCAACACAUAUCUUGCUACAUGGUUAUCUCUAAGAUCGUUGGAAAAAUGUCCGCGGAGCAAAAGAAGGUUCUUCUGUUCUUUUGGACAUCAGUGAAACAUUUACCAGUCGAAGGUUUCCAUGGGUUGAGUUCGACUCUAUUAAUUUCCAAAUCCCGUGAACCUGGUAAUCAUUUGCCCUCAUCUCACACAUGUUUUUACAAGCUGUGCUUUCCCCCGUAUUCUUCUAUGGCUAUCAUGCAAGAUCGCCUUGGAAUCAUCACUCAAGAACACAUCAGCUGCAGUUUCGGUACUCGAUGAUGGUGAAUAGAAUACAGCUGCAAUUUGGUUAGAAGUGGUUUCGAAUCUUUUGAUUGCACAUAGAAAUACCGGUAGUCACCUUUGUACAUUUGGAUAGGAUUGUUCCUUUUUUUUUUUUUUUUUUUUUUUUUGUCAAAAUGAUAACCUGAGAAUGAUUUCUAAUUCUGUUUCUCAAAUUGAUUAUGGGUGGCAAGGCA